AUGGACAACGACACAUCAACAUGCUCUAUUAGAAGUAGUAGUGUGAAAGUUCAAAAAAUCUUUGAUUAAUAUAUGGCUUAAAUAGCUCCUUUACCUAAUCUUUAAAAUUCUACUAACAAAGAAAAUUCAUUUUCAAUCUCAAAUGAUCAACGAUCUAAUUAUCAUACAAGAAUUUAAACACCUGACAAAACAACUUAAAGAAGCAAUUCAUAAAUAUAAGCUCUAUAGGCUUUAUAAAAAAAAAAUAUGGAGCUUAAAACAGAAAAUGAUAGUUUGAAAGAGCAGUUAAAAAAUUAUUAAAAUUAAUAAAGUACUAUAAAUGAAAUCAAUACAAUCUAUUAAAAUCUAUAAUAACAGUAUAUUGUUUUAGAUUUAGACCAUAAACAAUUAUUGUAAUCUUAUGAAUUAUAGUUAAAUCAAUUAAAAUAAGAAAAGGAUUAAUGUAUUGAUUAAAUCAAUAGAAAAUAUAAAUUACAAUUAGAUGAAAUGAAAUAAUAAAUGCAAUUGUAAAAUGAUAGAUAUAAGAAUAUUGAAGUUUGUAGAAAUGAUUAAGAUUCUUUACUUUAGAAUACACUUGAUGAAUUGAAAAAGGAGAGAUAAAUGCUAAAUAAAUUAAAAUUAGAUCAAAGAUAAUUAUUGGAAGAUAAUGAAUAAUAAUAUGAAAAGUAAUUACAGUAUUAAUAAAAAUUAUAUCAAGAAAUGAAAAACUAAAAUACUAUAUUAAUGAAAGAAAAGUAAGAUUAAUAAGAUUAAAUUAAAGAAUUAGAAAAUACAUAUAAGGAUCUUGUAUAUCAUUAGAAAUAAGAAAUUUAAAAGCUAUAAAAAUAAUAUAAUGAUAUUAAAAGUUUCUUUGAAUCUUAAAUGUAAUAAGUAUAAGAAGAAGUUUCAUGUGCAAUGUAAGAAUUAAGAAAUAAAAAUAAUACUUACAAUCAAUAAUUAUAAGAAUAAGAAUAAAUAAUAGAAGAUUUAGAGGAUUUGAAUAAAUAAUUAAAAUAAUAAUUACUCUUUAAAGAUUAAGAAUUAGUAAACUUAAAAUCUUAAUUAGAAUAAUUGUAAAUUCAAUAAGAAUAGUUAAAAUAAAUGAAUGAUGAACUUAUAAAUUAAUUUCACCUUUAAAUUUAAGACUUAUCAUAAAAAAUAGAAGUGGAGAGAAAUAAUUAUGAUGAGGAAUCAGAAUUAAAUGAUGAUGAUAAAAAAGAAAUUUAUAAUGCCUUACAUAAUGAUAAGACAUUAUAAUUAACUACAUCUCAAUCAUAAAAUGAUUUACAUCCUUUAUAAUAACCAUAAACAUCAACAAGAGAUCUUGAAUAUAAAUUGUUGCUUUAAUAAAUAAUAGAAGUAGAAAAAGAAGCAUUUAGAUUAAAUAAUAAUUACUAAACAUAAUUCUAAUAAUUCUCAAAGAAUAAUUAAUUAUCUGAAUAAUAAAAACAACAUUUAAAAUAAGAGAUGACAGAUUUAAUGUAGAAAAUCAGAAUCAAUAAUUCAAAAUUAUAUGAACUUAAAGCAAAGGAAUUCACUUACUUAUCUUGA